GCCAAAAGACACCGGCACCCACAGCUUCUUUGUCCUGAAGAAACCUCGCAUUAAGACCAGGCAGCAAUGGAUGAAAGAUUUGUGUCCCGUCCAUUCGGGUUUGCUCUCUUCCUUUUGGGUGUCACCAUUGGUUAACAGCGUAAAUGCCGGCUUGUUCAUCAUGGGAAAGAAAGGGGGAAGCUCGUGGCUGACGGCGGUCAAAAGAGCCUUCAGAUCCCCCUCCAAGGACUCCGAAAGGAGGCCCUCCAGGCCUCACGAAGACCCAGACCCAGAUGAAGACAAGAAGAGGGAGAAGAGGAGAUGGAUAUUUCGAAAAGCUUCGACCCACGAGCAGCAGCAAACCCAGCAGGAAGCCGAGGUGAGGUCGUUGACGGCAUCAUCGGUGGUAUCCACCACAGCAGAGCAAAGGCACGCGAUGGAGGUGGCGGCGGCCACGGCGGCCACGUCUGAGGCGGCCGUGGCGACGGCACAGGCCGCAGCGGAGGUGGUCCGGCUAACUAGGCCGUCUGUCAACUUUGUCAGAGAGCACUACGCCGCCAUCGUCAUCCAAGCGGGCUUCCGAGGAUAUCUCGCGAGGAGGGCGUUGAAGGCGUUGAGGGGGUUGGUGAAACUGCAAGCGCUGGUGAGAGGGCAAAACGUGAGGAGGCAGGCGAACACGACGCUGCGGUGCAUGCAGGCGCUGGUGCGGGUGCAGGAGCGGGUGAGGGACCAGCGGGCCAGGCUCGCCCGUGAGGGAGCCAGCUGGAGGAGCAACAAGUCCACCACCUUCAGCUGCGACACCUCUUUUUGGGACUCCCGCUACCUCCACGACAUCGCCGACCGCCGAUCCAUGCAGUCCAGGGAUGGGAGUGGCCGCGCCGAUGACUGGGUCGAUCAUCCCCGUACGAUUGAAGAGAUCCAGUCCAUGUUGGAGGGCAGGAAGGAGGCCGCUUUGAGAAGAGAAAGAGCUCUCUCGUACGCUUUUUCUCAGCAGCCAUGGAGGUCCGAUAGGAAGACCUCCUCAGGGCUAUCCUUUGGAGAAGAACAGGAAGAGGAUUCGGCAGUAUCGGAAGGAGAGCAGCGGCCACGAAGGUGGCUUGACCGAUGGAUGGCUUCGAGGACUUCAUGUGAUAAUAGAAAUGCCAGUAGAGGACGAGCCACCAUGGAGAGAGACCCCAUCAAGACUCUAGAGAUCGAUACAGCACGCUCCUAUUCCACGCCUACUACUGCUCGGAGGCAUCAACAACCGGCGUCUCCUCACCACCUCCACUCCCCUGCCACGCCCUCCCCCUCGAAUGCUAGUAGGGCUCUUCAGGUCCGGUCGGCGAGCCCUCGGUGUGGGAGCGAAGAGAGGAGCUCGGCCUCUGUUCACACCCCGACCAGCUCUGGUUACUAUCGCUACAGCGGAGAAGGGGGGCAACGCCGCCACCACCACCACCCGGCGGUUCCGAAUUACAUGGCUGCGACCGAGUCGGCCAAGGCCAGGUUGCGGUCACAGAGCGCGACGAGGCAGAGGCCUAUGACGCCGGAGAGGGAGCAGCGGAGUGGUUUGGCCAGGAAGCGCCUCUCGUUUCCGUUGCCGGAGCCUUACGGUGGUGGUGGCGAUCGUGGAGGAUAUCCUCAGAGUCUCAGGAGCCCGAGCUUUAAGAGCGCGAAUGGACGGAUAGGGGAGCAGUCAUCGUGCUGUACGGAGAGCAUCGCCGGCGAGGUCUCGCCUACGUCGACCACCUAUCUACGGAGGUGGCUCCGGUGAGCGGACGAGCGCGAGAAGGGCGUGUCCGUCUUGGGAGUGGCAUCCCAUUUCGUUCGUAGUUUUAUUUGGUGUUUGCUUUUUCUGGAUGUAAGUAGCGCAGGGUUGCCUCGUGACUAACUGUGAGAUUGGAUCAAGAGUGUGAAGUGUUAAACAGGAGAAAAGCUAUUUGUAAUCAAAAGGCUUUAAUAACUCCAUUAUAAGGCCGUUUGAUGCUUGGAAGCUGCCACGUUUA